UUUGUUUUUCAAUCGUUUUUGCUUACCACUCUGUGCGUUUUGUGUUAAUCACUCAAAACAUUGACUUAACUUAAUCAAAUUAACUCUUUGCUUAUAAUUUUUUUUCAGAAGAAAAUUCAAAUUUUCUGUUUAAUUAAACAUUAACCAUACUUAAUUUGACAGUUAUUUAACAAUGAGACCUUGUUUUUUUCGUUUUUGAGCCAACCUGCAGAAUAUGAAUUGCUGAAUAUCAAAAUAUUGGCAAAAGCAAGACUUUCAACCCCGAAAACACAUUUCAAAUCACCGAGCUUGGAUGUUAACAUGCGUAAUAAAACGAAGGCUUCAGUUCUUUUAUGAAAAACCUGGUUGUAGUUAGCAUAUUCAACUUACACUUUCAGUAGCGCUUCGGUUCUUUUUAUCAGGUUUUGAAUUAUUCUUCUGAACUUCAAUUUUAUAGCAAAAUCUGGGGUAUUGGAGCACAAUAUAGCUAGGAACCCUUUCUUCAUUCGUUGACUGAACGGAACGAAGAAAUCAAAAUUAUCAUUUUUGUGAACCCCUUUGGAACAAAACUUAAACCAAAGUAUUUACCAAUAACCUUUCACCUUGGACAAUCACAAUCCCCAAACACAGGAAUUUAUAUUAUGGCCUAUUUAGUUAUAACUCUAUCUGCUUUAACUAUUCCAGGGAUAAGUGUUGUAUAACCCCUCAAUAUUUCGCAAUCGUUUCCUACAAGUUAUUUUCAAACGACCGAAGCACUCCCGAUAAAAUAGGGACCCGGUUUGAAAGCAAUUACAUAUUUGUCAAGAAAACUGAAACUAUUAGAGAGUUACAAAACGAAACCCUCUGCGGUUUAACUUCAAGCAUUCAAACCACAUUAUUGAAUCCUAUCUAAACGUUUAGCUCCACCGCUGCAGAAAUUUAUCACCGCAUAAAAUCCAGGAGAAAUCUCAUAAGUUCUGCAAAAGGGUAGGUUUUGGGGUACCCGAAAUUUGUUAUGCUAAACCCCUUUCAUACCAACCUUCUUGGCGUGCAAACAGAGAUAAAAAUUAUUCUUCUGCCUUAGCGUGAUUUGUAUCACAGAAUUGCGAAGACUUUUAAGGUAAAAAGCUACACCACGAAAGGAAACCCAAGCAAAAGUUGCUGUUAUAAUUUGCUUCUGGCGAGAUUUUGUAUUGGGAAUUCUUCAAAGUUCGCGCGUGGGUUUGGUUUUUGUUUAUGGUUCUCAGUAGUCGUUAACCCCCUUAUGCACCAGAAGGUUUAAUCUUCGUGUCUGGUUCACUGUUAGAAUUUCUUUCUUUUUCUGCUUUCCGUUUACUCCAUUUAUUCCUAUCCUUAGUUCUAAAUUGAGAGUUAUAAGAGAAAAGUGCGUCUAGUUUUUCUACUUCUGCAAAAAUGGCACAACAACCAGCUCAAGUGUUCGACUUCAGGGCCAAACUGAAGAAGGUUUCCACCGGCACGGGAGCGAAGCCCACUAAGCCAUCGUUCAAACUUCCGAUGCUCUCAGUGGCGACUGAGAAGGGAAAGAAAUUCACGUUGAAAUGUGGAGUCACUGGAUACCCAAAACCGGUCAUCACAUGGAUGAACAAAGGUCAAAAGGUGACGGAGAGUGAUACAGUGAAGAUGUACACUGACAAGCAGGAUCCGGAGUUGCACAUUCUAGAAAUCUUAAAAGCAGAGGCCAUACAUGCUGGUGAGUGGACAGUAGAGGCUGCCAACCAAGUGGGCAAAGAGACCAUGAGCGCCAAAGUAUCCAUCAAAAAGCAAUCUAAGCCGAUAGUGGUGGAGCCGAUGAAGAACACUGAAGUGUUCAAGGGUCAGAAUCUGAAGUUGAGGGUCAAGUACGAGGGCUGCCCCACCCCCAGCUGCAAAUGGACCAGGGCGGGCAAGGAGAUCAGCGAGAGGAGGGGAGUGGACCUUCUCCACAACGAAGCUGAAGGUACGAAGGAGCUAGUCAUCUAUGACGUGAGUGAUUUGCACUCGGGAGAGUAUGCAGUGGAGCUGAAGAAUGCUGCAGGAACUGAAGUGUGCAAGUGCACUGUCAAGGUCAAAGAGGCAAUGAUCAAGCCUGCGUUUGACGGCGACAUCAAAGGUAACAAGAUAGAUUGGGGCAAGGAGUUCCGACUAUCCACCAGAGUGUCCGGAAACCCCAAGCCAAAGGUCAAGUGGAUGAAGGACGGAGUAGAGGUAAAGGACGGAGAGAAUGGGGUCAAACUUGUCUCUGACGAUGUCACUGGCAAGCAUGAGCUGAUCAUUGCUGAUUUUGGGCCUGAGCAUAUAGGCAACUACCAGUGUGUGGCAGAGAGCGAGGCAGGCACUGAAAUCGCCAAUUACGCAUGCCAGCCAGAGAAGCCUCCCAAGAAGCCUAAGAUUGAGCAGCCUCUCACUGCAACUAAGGCAUUAAGGGGAACACCACUGCGACUGGUUGCUAAAGUGUCCGGAGAGCCACAGCCAGACCUCAUCUGGACCAAGAACGGAAAACCCCUGGAUGUUGGAGGCAAAGAUGGCGAGACGUUCUUUGACUUCGAGACUGGGGAGGCAGAGUUGAUUGUGAAGAGCAUGGACGAUGUGAAUGCAGGACAGUAUGAGUUGAAGGUCGUCAGUCGAAUCGGAUCUGACGUAACUGGCGCCAAGGUCGACAUCCAAGAACCACCUCAGCAGAAACCGACGUUUGACAUCCCCUUGUCGACCAUAUAUGAUCCAGCUAAGAAGCUCCUCAUCCUCAAGUGCAAGAUUAGCGGAUACCCCAAGCCCGACCUUACCUGGUCUGGACCUGAUGGCAAAACACUGGUGGCUGGUCCAGAGGUUGAGUUCAAGGACUCGCCAGAUGACCCGGAUAUGAAGAUUGUGCAUAUUCUGAACUUCACUGAGGCGAAAGAGGGUGAGUACAGUGCGACUGCGGUCAGUCCUGCCGGAACAUCCAAGAGGUCAAUCAACAUCUCCAUCAAACAGACCAAAGAUGGUUCAAUCAAGCAAGAGAACACAAACAGACCUCAGUUCGAGAUCCCCCUCAAGGUGGACUUCGACCCCAUGAAUGGCCGCAUAGUGCUGUCAUGCAGAGUGAGUGGGGAGCCGAAGCCAGAGGUCAAGUGGCUCAAGUACAACGAGGAGCUGAAAUCCGACGGAGACUACCAGCUGACGGUGGAUGAAAACAACAACCAGGUGUUGACUAUUAGCAAUGUGAGCAGCACCCACCACGGAGACUACUCAUGUAUGGCCACUAGCACCCUGGGCAUGGCCAAACAGACGUGCACCUUAGUGCUAAAAGAGAAGCCCAAAGUAGAAAUGGUAGAUCGACCUGUUCUGGAGAAGGGGAAGCCAUUCCUGCUCGGGUUCAAGGUCACUGGAGGAGAGAACAUCAAAGUGAGGUGGCUUAGGAACGGGGAGGAAUUACAGACGGCAGAGGGCAUUGAACUCAGUCAGGAAAUAGACGUCUACAGAUUGAGGAUUUCUGCACUGAAUGAGGCGAGUGCAGGGGACUACACAAUCGAAGCAGCAGGCGAGGGAGGCACUGUGAGAUCAACCAUCUCACUCUCGUUCUCAGAGGGAGGGGCGGCGGAGAGAGCAGUGAUUCUGAUCAAACUUGACAACGUGGCAAUAAAAGAGAUAGUGAAGACACUCUCAGCCUCCGGGUACAAACUGGCCGGAGCCAAGAUUGUCAAGGCGCGUCUGGACCUGCUGCAGAACCAGCUGGCUAAUAAUCCUGACCUGAUGGGCAAGCUGGUCAACAUGCCAGAUGGACCCAUGUUCGUGUCUGUCUGGGAGGGCAGUGGGGUCUGUGCAGGUGCCAGGGCCAAGUGCGAAACUGGCGGUGAUGCGGUGUUCUCAUCUAUCAUCCACUGCAGUGGCAGCACAGAUGCCGGCAAGAAGGAACUGGGAGUGUGGUUCAAACCAUACGAAGUGUCCGCCUGGAACUUUGCUGACUUCUUCUAAUGAGAAGCUCCAUGCCGACCUUCUCUCAUUGAAGAAUUGACCUUUUAAAGUCAUCAGAUUAAAUUUUUGAUCUUUAAACACUAUCAAAUGAUCAAUCUAAAGAAAAAAUGUCUUGGAUUUUUUUCUUUGAUUGAAUUUUCUCAAACUUUCUCUAUGAUCAUUUUUGAAGCAAUAGCUAGACUUAAAUCUGUUUAAUUUGAUCAAACGAUUAUUUUUUGAAUGCCAAAAAAAACCAGAAAUUAUUGAAAUGAAAGAAACUAUUGAUUUCCUUAAUGUAUCUAUUAAAUUUGGAAUGUUUUGUACGCCUUAAAUCCAUUUUGUAGUGAAAUAUGAUUGUCAACUAACUUUGCUUAAAACAAAACCUAUGUACUGCUUUCA